UAAUCAUUUAUUCACAAUAUGACUGGAUCUUUAAACGAAUAAAAAAGAAGUAAAAGUUUAAUAUUAAAUAUAAAAAAAGUUGUAAUAUUGUUUUCUGUUUUUUAUUUUCAAAUAUGCAGAAUUUGAAAAUGACUGAGCGACUUAUGGCAGCGACUAUUCUUCUGAAUCUUAUUCUAGGAGCGAGCACAUACAGUUACAACGAUGUUCAAAACUGGGGUGACACAUUUUCAAAAUGUAAAGGAAGAAACCAAUCUCCCAUAAUUUUUAACGGGCGUAUCGGGCCUGGUUCGCCGGAUGAUAAAAAUAACAUGAAAUUUAUGGACAUUACAAAAUUUCCAACAAGAAUGACCAUAAAGAAUACUGGUCACACUGUGGUAAUAAGACCUGAGUGGUCUGGAAAAGCUCCAGAAUUAGCUGGUGGACCCCUCAAUGGGACUUAUGUAUUUGAAAAAAUUACUUUUCAUUGGACCAAGGAACAGGAUAAAAUGGGGUCUGAGCACAUGAAUUAUGAGUUCACGAAGCCAGCAUGGGCGGAUAUGGAGAUGCACAUGAUUUUUUAUAGAAAGGAUUUAAAUACAUUUCACAAAGCUGAAUCAGCAGAUGAAGGCCUUACAAUAAUUUCGUUUAUGCUUGUGACUGGAAAUAAAUAUGAAGGAACUAUGCUUAAAGAACUGGAAGAAAGUUUAGAUAAGGUGCAAUCCAUAAACUCCACAUCAGAGAUACGGUCGUUCGCCUCAUCAAGUUUAUUCACGCUUCCACCAAACCCUUUUAUAUUUUACAAAGGUUCAUUGGAUUACCCGCCGUGCUCGGAAUCCGUGGCUUGGUUAUUGUGUCAAGUUCAUAUCCCUAUUUCCAAAGCCCUGCUAACUUCAUUCAGGAACAUAAAGUUUUCAAAUGGAGAUGUGUCGAAUGUUAGACCCUUGCAGGCGCAAGAGGAUCGUCAAGCUAAGUUUGAGUACAUUAAUUAUGAUUUUUCAGCAAUUAUGAAAGAUGUUAAGCUUUUCCAGUAAUUUUUGGUAAAUGUCUGCGCUCGGGAAAGGUUUUCUGCAGUUUUCCUUUCCCUUGGCAAAAAUUUCAAGCAAAUGCGAGUGCUACUAAUAAAUAUCCGUCUGCAGGCGAUAGGAAGUUCAUAAUAAGGUUAUGGGCUUCCGGUUUAAAUGCAACUAUAUAAAUAGUAUAUUAAUGUGCGUAAUAAAAGAAAAUAAAGUUUUUUUUUCAUCCAUAA